GUUAUAUACAAUUCUUAGCAAUAUUUUUUUUUUGUUUAUUAAUCUUGCAGAUAGAAAAUGAGUAUGGAAAUGUAAUGGGACCCUAUGGAGAAUCGGGUAAAGCAUACAUUAAGUGGUGUGCAAACAUGGCUCAGUCUCUUAAUGUUGGUGUUCCAUGGAUAAUGUGUCAACAAAAUGAUGCUCCUCAGCCUAUGUUGAAUACAUGUAAUGGAUUUUAUUGUGACAAUUUUGUACCAAACAAUCCCAAUACUCCUAAGAUGUGGACUGAGAAUUGGACCGGAUGGUUUAAGCAAUGGGGUGGUAAAAAUCCUCAUAGAACAACCGAAGAUGUUGCAUUUUCGGUUGCAAGAUUCUUCCAAAGAGGAGGAACUUUUAAUAAUUAUUAUAUGUACCAUGGAGGCACCAACUUUGAUAGAACUGCAGGUGGUCCAUACAUCACAACUUCAUAUGAUUAUGAUGCUCCACUUGACGAAUAUGGUAAUUUGAAUCAACCAAAAUACGGGCAUUUGAAACAACUUCAUGAUGUUCUUCAUUCUAUGGAAAAAACUCUCACAUACGGAAACAUCUCCACCAUUGACUUUGGAAACUCUGCAUCGGCAACAAUUUAUAAAACCGAAGAAGGAUCAAGCUGCUUUUUUGGAAAUGGAAAUGAAAAUUCAGAUGCAACAAUUAGUUUCCGAGGAGAAUCUUAUGUUGUCCCGGCUUGGUCUAUUACCAUUUUACCGGAUUGCAAAAAUGAGGCUUAUAACACUGCCAAGAUUACCACUCAGACUUCAAUGAUGGUUAAGAAACCAAAUGAAGCUGAGGAUACCCCUUCAACUCUGAAAUGGUCAUGGAGGCCAGAGAACAUGGACAACUUCCUUUUGAAAGGAAAAGGAGAAUCUACACAGACACAACUAUUUGAUCAGAAAGUAGUAACCAAUGACCAAAGUGAUUAUCUAUGGUACAUGACUACCGUUAAGUUUAAAAAACGAGAUCCAUUUUUGGGUAAAAACAUGUCUCUUCGCGUCAACUGUACUGCUCAUGUCCUUCACGCUUUUGUUAAUGGAAAAUAUAUUGGUAAUCAACACGCCGAGAAUGGAAAAUUUAACUAUAUAUUUGAGAAAGAUGUGAAGUUUAAGUCUGGUCGUAAUGUCAUUGCUCUUCUUAGCAUAACUGUGGGACUUGCGAACUAUGGUGCUUUCUUUGAAAGUAAGCCGGCUGGAAUCACUGGACCCAUUUCUAUUACUGGAAGAAAUGUUGAUGAAACUAUAGUUAAGGACUUGUCUGCUCAUAAAUGGAGCUAUAAGACCGGUUUAAAUGGGUUUGAGAACCAACUCUUUAGAACAGAAUCAAUGUCUAAAUGGUCAGUUGAAAGUGUACCUUUUAACCGAACCAUGACUUGGUAUAAGGCUACGUUCAACGCUCCCUUAGGAAAUGAUCCAGUUGUUGUCGAUCUUCUGGGACUUGGAAAAGGUACAGCUUGGGUCAAUGGAAACAACAUUGGACGUUAUUGGCCAGCAUUCAUUUCAAGCGAAAAUGGUUGUGCUGCAAAAUGUAAUUAUAGAGGGCCUUAUCAUGCUGAAAAGUGUCUGACCAAUUGUGGAGAACCCACACAAAGAUGGUAUCAUGUUCCUCGUUCUUUCUUGAAUGCAGAAGGAGAUAACACACUAGUUUUGUUUGAGGAGAUGGGAGGAAACCCAUCGCUUGUCAAUUUCCAAACUACUAGAGUGGGAAGUGUAUGUGCUAAUGUCUAUGAGAAAAAUACUAUUGAGCUUUCUUGCGAUAGAAAACCCAUUUCUGCCAUCAAAUUUGCCUCAUUUGGUAACCCAGAUGGCAAUUGUGGAUCUUUCGAAAAAGGAACUUGUGAAUCAAGUAACAACACGGUUGAUAUUCUCACACAAGAAUGUGUUGGAAAAGAGAAGUGUUUCAUUGAUGUAUCUACGGAAAAGUUUGGAGCACCGGAUUGCACUGGAUCUGCUAGAAGACUCGUUGUGGAAGCUAUUUGCUAAGUGUUUUUCUAGAUUUACAGUGUUUUCUUUAUUAUAUUUCCAAAUUAUGCUAUAUUUUUGUUUUCAAAGAUAUAAGUCUUUUUUAAUCUGUAUUGCUGGUGGUUUUAUUCAAUAAAGGAACACAUUCUUAUAUACAUUUUACACAGUCAUCUUUUUCCCAAAAAGUCAUGGUCAUUUCUUUCCCACCAUCCUCACUCUCUCUGAAAAAUUGAAUAAUUGUUCCUUCAAUAUUUGUUUUUUUCUCUUCAAUAUAUAACACUGGCUAAACUGCGCCUCUGUUGGUAAAUAACUAAUUUUAGUGUAUUAAAAUACAUGAAUUCAAGUCUUAUUGUACAAUUUUUUUUUUUUGUAUUUUGCAUUAAAUAAAACCUUGAACUUAUUCUCUGAGAAACCAAAUUGGCAAUAGAAGUUAAUAAAAUAGCAGUUAUUUUGACAUAAUAAAGAAACUAGCAUUAGGACACAUUUUAUCCGUUUAUUCCCUUUCCAUUUACAAUUACCUGGUGAACGUGUGAUAUAGUUGAUGAUAUAGAUGACAGAACAUAUGGACAAAAGUUACCCAAAAAUAUUACAUAUCCCCACAAUCUCUAAAUACUAAACACUACCCCAACUCCUAAAUACUAAACCAUAAAGACAUGGAGUUCCACCAAAAUAAGUUUUUGUUAAAAAUUUCGGUGAGAAAAUUUAUAAAGUGGUUCAUUUUCAAACACCGUAUCAAAUAACCUACCUUUUCUUACUUAAUGAUAAAUAAUUCUUCAAUUUUUUCUAAUUUACUAAUUUUUAAAAAAAAAUUAGUGAAAAUUUUCUUUGUUAAAAUUGUUUCAUUUAACUAUAAUCUCUUAAAAAUUAGAUACACAAUUUAGUUUAACUACAGAAAUCAAACAUUAGCAACUGCAUAUGAAUUUUAAAGCUGACAAUAUAAAAGAAAAUAAAAACACACAACUGUUAUUAGAUAUUUUUUCACUAUGUAUUCUUUUGGUGUUUAAGUAUCUUCCAUACUUAAUUAGAAAAUAGUUUUAAUAAUCUUAAAAUGUAUAUUUAUAAUAUAAUAUUUUAAAUCAUUUUCUUAUUAUACUGUUUUCAACAAUUCAACAUUACAAGAAAAUAUUUGUAAGAGUUAUAUCAAUUUCUCAAAACUUGUCUUUUGCUAUAUAUAUAUAUAGCUUCAUACUCUAUUGAUAAUAUUAAACCAAAAUAUAUUUAAGAGAUUGCAUUUUUUAUCA